UAUUCACUUUUUGUUUUUAGUGAUUUAUCACAUAUAAAACAAAACAAUAAUCACAUUGCUUUUUUUCUGGUUUUUAAUGACAGGCGCUCGUAACAUCCGUUGGUGCAUGAUUGACGUAUGUUAUGGCCAAUGAGGUGUCGCUAACGACACGUAGACCCGCCCACUUCGGUUUGCGAUUGGUUCGUUGCCAUGGUAAAUAGUGGGGAGAAACAGCUGUUAGCUAUUUAGAGAGGAAGAAGGAGGACUAACUGGGUUGGCGGCUAGCUUAAAUCAGGGCACACAAACACGCUAAGAGGACGGACAUGGAUCGCAGUAGAGCAGUUUGUAGGCAUUUCAUAAAUGGCUUUUGCAGAUUUGGGUUGAGAUGCAAGUACAGACAUGAGACUACCCCUAUACCUGCAUCGCAAAUAUGUCGGUACUUUCAGAAAGGUGGAUGCUGGUAUGGUGAACGCUGCAGGUAUUUGCAUAUCACUCUGCCUCAUGUUGGCCACGCAGUUCCGGGUAGAAGGGGUUCUAUGCCCACAGCAGUCUCCCCCAGUGUGCCCUACUCUUCUUCUUAUGCAAGAAGAGGAUCAGAACCAGCUCUCGGUAAUGCUGAUGUCCCAUCCAGGCAAAGAUGCAGUGGACCACAAUCAGCUGCUUAUGCAUUUACUCCUCAGCAAGACACUGGGCACCUGCCAGAAAAUAUUGUUGAGGAACAGCCACACGAAAAUGAGGAGUCGGCCCAUAGUUCAGGUAUCGCUCAAGCAAGUGCGUGGCAUGGAGCAGAUGAGCACUCUCAGGGACCCUCCAAAUCUGAGACGCAAGAAAAUGGUGCAACAGCAGCUUGCAGUAACAGUGUAGAGCCUUUGUUGAAGAGCAAAAAUGUGGUCUGUGGAAUCUGCAUGGAAAAGGUCUAUGAAAAGGAGGAACAGAGAAACCGUGUUUUUGGUAUUUUGCCAAACUGCAAUCAUCCCUUCUGUUUAAAAUGCAUCGCAACUUGGAGGAAGACAAAAGAUCUUGGACCUGGUGUUGUAAGGGCCUGCCCUCAGUGUCGAGUCAGGUCAGCCUUUUAUGUGCCCAACAAACACUGGGUGGAAGGUGAAGAGAAGGAAAAUCUAAUAACUGCUUUCAAGAAGAAAUUGGGUAAGAGGAGAUGCAGCUUCUUUGAAAGAAAUGGAUUUUGCCCCUUCAAAAAGGAUUGCCUUUAUGAGCAUGUCUUGGAUUCAAGUCAUGUUUCUUUUAGUUAUUUCUCGGAUGACAGUGACGACGACGACAGCGACCUUGCUGAUCUGCUUAAUAUUAUUAUAAACAUGAGCCUUUGGAGGCAGGAGGAACUGGAUGAAGACCUUCUCUUUUUCCUAACUGAAGAUUUGGGGUUUUGAGCCACUUGGUGGUUUUAAAACCCUUGAUCACUGCCUCUAUAGUGAAACCACAUUUGGAGAAGCUUUCAAGAUCAGGAAAAUAAUUAUACUCCAGUUGUUGAAUUUGACUUUGUCACAAAAAGCAGGUUAUGUCACUAGUUUCCUGUAAUCAAAGGAAAUAAGAUGUCUCUGGUAAUUUUAUGAGAAAUUUAUGCACAUCUUCACUCUGCUCCUGCUGUAACGAUGAAAGAUGGAAAUUUUUCUUGCAUAAUUUUUUUUUUUUUUUUUUUGUCCCUGAUAUUGUUGACAUCUGUUCUUGAAUGGGUUUUUGAUGACCUCCCACUGCUUAAAUGCCUUGUUCCUGUCUGUCCCUCAUAUCCUCUCAUAGAUUUUCAACUUUGAACUUGUUUCCCCCAGCUUUUGACAAUCUGGAAUUUUAAAAAAGGAAAAAUAUAUGGCUGAUUUUAAUAGUCAAAAGGUAAAAAGUCUUCCAUGGUCUACCCUCUGGAUACAAAAUUCUAAUACCAACCUUAAAGACACUAUGAUGGCUUUACCUAGUUUUUGUCAAGAAAUUACAUUUGGUUUUAAUUUCAUUUUAAAAAAAAUGUACACUGGAAAUAAAAAAAAAAUCACCUUUGCCUCACUGAAAA